UCUCAAGAGUGGCAAACCGUGGUUUACCAUUCAUCUAGAGAAAGCACAGAGACAGUUCACGGCAAUGCACCUUGAAUCCUUGGGCAGGUAUUUAACCAUUCCCAUACCUCAGUAAUGGGUUUUUUCAUAGGACAUAAAGUGACAGGAUUAUCCUUCCUGGUAUAUGGAUUUGCGUGGGCCAUCAAACACCCCUUGAGGUUCCUUGGCCAGAAAUCAAAUUAUUCUCUACAGAUUGAAAAGUUCAUGCAUUGGUUUGAACUUGUGGAAUGGGGAGGCAUGGCCAUCAUCGGCUUCUUAGGUGCUGUACUGGAGCAGUGUGUGCCUGGGGGUCCCUUCUUCAACCUUUACAAUGAAACCACCCACCAGUGGGGAGCCCUUAAUGUUUGGCAACAUUCGACAAUGUACAUGUUCUUUGCCAUGGCUGGAGUGGUGGGCUUCCUCACUCAAUGCAAGUUCCAGAUCCCCGUGGGACUCGAUCAUUUCAUGUUCUCUCUGGCACUUUUCAAUGAAAAUUUGCUCAUCUAUACCCAUGCAAACCGGAUGUCUGCUCUGGAUAAAUACAGCCAUCACAUCCUGUUAAUUCCCAUAUGCAGCGGGGCUGUUUGCAGUUUGUUUGAGGUGUGGCACAGAAACAACCCAAUCCUGGAACUCUUCAGGACUUCCAUGUUCAUAACCCAGGGAACUUGGUUUUGGCAGCUUGCAUUCAUACUGUUCGGACCCUCGAGAUGGGACCAGAGUGACCCAGAGAUCUACGUAUUUACGACCCUGUGCUACUCUUGGCAUUAUGGGAGUGUCGUGAUCUUCCUCGCCUUUACCUAUGGCAUUAUCUACUGGGUUCUUUGGAUGCUGAAUAGAAGGAGAGGGAAUGGAGGAGAGGCAAUGGAAAUUCAGAAGUUCAACCAAACAGACACAAAGAUCUACACUGCACUUUUGAAUGGAUCUGAUGAAGAAUGAAGAUCUUUCCUUCCCUUAGUUUAAUAUAGUUUUUUGACUAAACAAUGGGAAGAGAUAAAUAAUACAUAGCCACUCUGAGUCCCCUUCGGGGUUGAGAUAGAGCAGGGUAAAAAUACCGUAAAUGAAUGAAUGAAUGA